AUGAUUGAAAGCAAUAUAAUCAAGCGUUUCAUUGUGAAGACAUUCAUGCAGAAUAGUGAGUGUGGCAUACAAAAGAUAGCCGAGAUGAUUGUAAACACUCUGUUUUCACGUUUUAUGCUGAACGAGAAUGUUGUCGUACCUUCCAGGGAGUUGUAUGGAAAGAUUGUUAAGUGCACAAAACACAUUUAUACGGUUCAGCUUGAAGACGGUACAACUGUCGAGGUUCCGUUCCAGGAAAUAAAGAGGCGCUAUAUAUUUGACUACAAUGAUGUUUAUUAUUUCCUGGAAUGUAUUACAACCUCAACACCACUGGGGAGAAUAGUUAUUGAAAACGUGUUUGAAAAAAUUUCGCAGCCAGGAUUUGGAGCCAUGCUGCCAAUAAAUCAGGGUUUUGGAAAAUAUACUUCAAAACCACCCAUAGAAUGUCUGAAAGAGAGUGCCAUCCGAAUAUAUUUCAGGGGAUUGAGCUCAAAAACCCGUUAG